AUGGCAAACAACCUUGACCAACCUCAAUCACCCAGUACCACUGUAAACACCCACGUCAAGCAGUCUGACAGAGAGAUGGACAACAAUUCACCCCUGUGUCCCGACUGGGUCUUUCUCAACAACGCCAACGUACACGUCGCAAAGGACCGCGGCUGGUUCAAAACCUACACGCCCUUCACAUCCAAAGUGGAUGGCUCACCCUUCUUCAGCCCGCCCCAUCACCUUGCCGUGCUAGGAAUAGGCACCGUCGAGAUCCCUACAAAGCGCUCACCCAACACUUCUGGUGUCGCUUCGCACUCAUCUCUCCUUCUCCACAACGUCUUGCACGUCCCGGACUGUCUUUGCAACUUCAUCGGCCAACCAAUCAUGUCUGAUGGAUACAAUUUCACACUUCGCUCCGGCGCCAAAUCCCAAGGCACAAUCAAAGACAGCAAGGGCAAAAACGUCGCCUACUUUGACCCCAAACGCCCGCUUUGCACCAUCAAAAUCCGCUCUCCACCAAACGGGCCACCGCUCGGUCCGUACGUGCUCAAAGAGGACGAGCUGUACAUGCUCGGCUGUCGAUGGGAAGAUGCCGAGAGGCGCAAGUGGCAACUCUUCCAAGCCAACAAUGGACUAUCCACCUCUGGGCAAAAUCCCGCCUCCUACACCGCCGAGGAAACCGCCUUUCUCAAGAAAAACUACGGCUCCGAGUUCCACUUCUUAACCCAGCACGGUCUCAACAUCCACAUCCAGCAAGACCGCGACGAAGGCCGCGCUAUUCUUCGUGCCGUCAUGCGUGACGCCGAACUGUCUGACGAGGAAGAAGAAGAGUCAGAUGACGAAUCAGCCUGGCAAGGCCAUCAAGCAGACUAG